CUUCAUUCGUUCCUCAGUCAUCUCGUCACUUUCCAGUCGCUUUCCCUCUCCCUCUCUCGCUCUCUCUGUGGGCGGUAGGCAAACCGUUUCGGGACUGCUUUCCCGUCAUCUUCCGGUCUUUCUCCACUCUCACGACUCUGCUUUACUGGUUUCAGCUACUGACCUCGAUCUUGAAGAGCCGAUUUCGUUGAUUUUUAUUAGGCUUUUCUUCAGCUCUUCAACUAAACAUCUCGAAGCUGAAAUCCGAGGUAUAGCUUCUAUUUGUCUAAUUUUUGCUGGUAGCUAAUUAUUGGCAAUGAGUAAUCUCAAGCUUGGUGUGGAAGUUGUGGGUGCUCAUAACCUUAUGCCAAAAGAUGGACGUUCAUCCAGUGCUUUUGUUGAACUUCAUUUUGAUGGUCGGAAAUUUCAGACUACAACCAAAGAAAAGGAUCUGAAUCCUACUUGGAAUGAAAUCUUUUACUUCAAUAUCCCUGAUUCAAGCAAGUUGCCAAACCUCACACUUGAAGCCUUUGUCUACCACAACAGCAAAAAUAGUAGUUCCAAUUUCUUCCUUGGUAAGGUCCGUCUCACUGCAACAUCAUUUGUCCCCUGUUCUGAUGCUGUCGUCCUUCACUACCCUUUGGAAAGGAAAGAUAUCUUUUCCCGCGUAAAAGGAGAGCUUGGUUUGAAGGUAUUUGUUACAGAUGACCCUUCUAUCACAUCCUCAGACCCUCUUCCUGUUAUGGAACCCUCAAUCAAUACAGAUCAACAUACAACCGAAGGUGAAGCAUCAGUAUCAUUUACAAGGUCAGUGCUGAAUGUCUUUUCCCGUAAGAAAAAUGAGGUCAGGCAUACAUUUCAUAGCAUUGCUAACUCAAAGCAAGCACAGCAACAGCUUUCUUCUUCCCCAGCAGCUGCUCAGCCAACAAAAGGUCAUGGGAUGAAGGAGUCAAAUUCUGGAUUAGCUGCUUCGAAAGCUGUACAUGUAUUUGCAUCAUCUCCAGUUGAUUAUGCCUUGAAAGAGACAAGUCCUUUUCUUGGAGGGGGCCAAGUUGUUGGGGGUCGAGUUAUACGUGGGUAUAGGCCAGCUGGCACCUACGACCUUGUUGAACAAAUAGGGUACCUUUUUGUACGAGUUGUGAAAGCUCAUGAUCUUCCAGCAAAGGAUGUGGUUGCGAGUGUUGACCCAUAUGUGGAGGUGAGGGUUGGAAACUACAAAGGAGUUACCAAGCACUUUGAAAAAAACCAAGACCCUGAGUGGAAUGAGGUGUUUGCCUUUGCAAAGGACAAUGUACAGUCCUCUGUCCUUGAAGUAGUUGUCAAAGACAAGAAUACCUUAGUUGAUCAUGUUCUUGGCACUGUUCGAUUUGAUCUGCAUGAAGUUCCUCAGAGGGUUCCACCUGAUAGUCCUUUGGCUCCUGAAUGGUAUCGACUUGAAGGAAAGACUGGUGAUAAGAAGAAAGGAGAGUUGAUGCUUGCUGUCUGGCAUGGCACACAAGCUGAUGAAGCUUUUCCUGAUGCUUGGCAUUCUGAUGCCAUAUCUUCUAGUGGAAUCUCUUCAGCUGGUGCCUCUCAGAUUCGAUCAAAAGUUUACCAUUCACCGAGACUAUGGUAUGUAAGGGUCAGGGUAAUUGAGGCACAGGACCUACCGUUAUCUGAUAAGUCUCGAUUUCCUGAUGCCUAUGUAAGGGUGCAGAUUGGUAAUCAGAUUUUAAAGACAAAACCUGCUCAAUCAAGGACCAUGAACCUGUGUUGGGAUCAGGAAUUGAUGUUUGUUGCUGCUGAACCCUUUGAAGAAUAUCUGAUGCUAUCAGUUGAAGAUCAUGUUGGUCCCAACAAGGAUGAAACAAUUGGGCAUGCUGUUAUUUCUUUAAGCUCAGUCGAAAAACGUGCUGAUGAUCGACAUAUCCAUAGUAGGUGGUACUCCCUUGAAAGGUCCGUGUCAUCAGCAAUGGAUGGGGACCAGGGGAGGAAAGAGAAAGACAAGUUCUCUGGCAGACUUCAUCUAAGUGUCUGUCUUGACGGUGGAUACCAUGUACUUGAUGAGUCAACUUAUUAUAGUAGUGAUCUUCAGCCCACAGCAAAACAGCUCUGGAAGAAAUCAAUUGGCAUGUUAGAACUUGGCAUUUUAAAUGCCGAUGGACUUCAUCCAAUGAAAACAAGGGAUGGAAAGGGGACAUCUGAUACAUACUGUGUGGCGAAGUAUGGGCACAAAUGGGUGCGAACUCGAACCAUUAUUGGCAGCUUGAGCCCAAGAUACAAUGACCAAUACAGUUGGGAGGUUUAUGAUCCGGCUACAGUGCUCACUGUGGGGGUGUUUGACAAUGGGCAGAUUAAGAGCUCAAACGGUAACAAAGAUUCAAAAAUUGGAAAGGUUCGAAUCCGGAUCUCAACCCUUGAAACUGGUCGUGUUUACACACACUCUUAUCCCUUACUAAUGCUGCACCCUUCUGGCGUCAAGAAAAUGGGAGAAUUGCACUUGGCUAUACGAUUCACGUGCACAUCAAUGGCUGACAUGAUGUAUUUGUAUUUUAAACCUCCUUUGCCAAAAAUGCACUAUAUUAAGCCACUUAAUAUUGUGGAGCAGGAAAAACUGCGACAGCAGGCUGUCAAUAUUGUGGCAGCUAGGCUCAGCCGUGCAGAACCUCCUCUGAGGAAGGAGGUUGUUGAGUUCAUGUCUGACACUGACUCUCAUCUGUGGAGCAUGAGGCGUAGCAAGGCAAAUUUCUUCAGAAUGAUGUCAUUCUUUUCAGGAGUUCUUUCACUAGGGAGAUGGUUGGGUAAUGUUUCCACAUGGAAGCAUCCUGUCACAACGGUGCUGGUUCACAUUCUUUUUCUGUUGCUUGUUUGUUUCCCGGAACUUAUUCUCCCAACCAUAUUACUCUACAUGUUUGUGAUUGGAAUGUGGAAUUGGAGAUUCCGCCCAAGGUACCCUCCUCACAUGAACACCAAAUUAUCUCAUGCUGAUGCUGUGAGCCCAGACGAGCUUGAUGAGGAAUUUGACACAUUUCCAACCUCAAGGAGCCCGGAUGUAGUGCGAUGGAGGUAUGAUCGUUUAAGAAGUGUUGCUGGGAAGAUUCAGACAGUUGUUGGCGACAUUGCUACUCAGGGAGAGAGACUUCAAGCGCUUUUGAGCUGGCGUGAUCCUCGGGCCACCACCAUUUUCAUGACAUUCUGCUUCGUGGGUGCCGUUGUGUUGUAUUUGGCACCCUUCCAGAUGGUGGUGGUUUUAGCUGGAUUUUACCUGAUGAGGCACCCAAAUCUUCGGGACAAGACACCUCCAGCGGCUGUGAAUUUCUUUAGAAGGCUGCCAGCUCGUACAGAUAGCAUGCUGUAGAUGGAGUCUCUGCUACCAUCACGCCUUAGAUAUGACUUAUGUUUUGCAAUGCUUGUAAAAAAACCCAAGGGUUAUAUGAUGGCGCCUUAACAUGGGUUUGGUUGCAAAAUUUUCUAAAUGUAUGGGAUGUAGAAUAUUAAGGAAGUGAAUUGUUGCAGCUUAAUUUUCCAUAUCAUAAAUGCUGAUGUCAGUUUAUGGGAGAAUCAUAUCAAAGGACCACUUAAAAAAAUUAUUUGCAGACAAGAAUCAAUACAAAAUUGAUUGUUGUUAAAAUAAGAAAA